AUGGCUUCGAUCAACAAGACAGAGUUCAAGGUUCUUGCGCUGAACGGCAAUAACUAUCAAACCUGGGCAGUUGAUUGCGAGUUCCAUCUGCAGGCGAUGCAGCUGACUGCCACGGUCGCUAGACCUGCUGCCGGUGUUCCUGCUCCAGCACCCCAUGAUAAGGCAAAAGCUUGCAUCUUCUUGAGACAUCACAUCCACGAAGACCUGAAGAUGGAGUACCUGGAGGUGAAAGAUCCUCUGGUGUUGUGGACAAAGCUUCAGGAACGCUUUGGCAAGCAGAAGGGAAUCCUUCUCCCACAAGCUAGGCGUGAUUGGGCACAACUCCGCUUCCUUGACUUCAAGACAGUUGAGGCAUAUAAUACUGCAAUUCACCGUAUUGUGGCUCAGCUUCGUUUUUGUGGCCAAGUUGUCACUGAACUCGAGAUGAUUGAAAAAACUCUCGAGACUUUCCACCCAACCAACAUGGUACUCCAGCAGCAGUAA